GAUCACCUUCUUCAUUUCUCAGGGAAACAAACAAACUUACAAACUUCUCAGGGAAGGAAAAGAGUGUUCCCCCCUUUCUUCAUAAUCAAACAACCAAAACCAACACUAGUUGUCAUUUAUAUCCAGAUUUCUUCAUCAUCGCCUGCAACUAAACCACAACCGAUCAACAUUCUUUCUUUCUUACUCCAUGUAUGUAGAUAGAUCCACUCGAUCCUACUUCUUUUAUACAUCACCGAUACAUUCCAAUUUACUCUUAAUUAUUGCCUACUUUCACCUGCGAAUUUGUUGAUUUUGCCCUAGGACGAUAGUGAAAGGACCUGCUUCCAACCUAAAUCUUUCCGAAGCUGACGAUAAGAACUUGGAGUUUUUGAUAGAAGCUUUCGGUUCAAUGAUAUCUCCCGAUGACAUGGCGUCCGCGUACUGCCAAGCGGGAUACGAUCUAAACAAAGCAAGUGAUAUACUAUAUACUAUGCUCGGAAGCUCUUCCAACAACGACAAAUACAUACCAACAGAAGAUUCGACUAGAGCACCUGCAUCAUCAGUCGGUGUAACCGUCGGUACAGUUUCUGGUGUUAACGGUGCUUACUAUCCAACAUCAAGAACUUCAACCAACGAACCUGCAACGGUUCUUUCUAGAGCUAAGCCCAGAACCUCUGGUGUAUCGGUGGGUACGGUAUCGGGUAUAAUCGGUGCUGAUUAUGGGAGGUAUAGGGCUAAUACUAGAAGAAACUGUGAAACUACGAAACCGGUGAAGUUGAUGUCGAAUGAGUUUCCUGAAUCUCAGAUAUGGGAUGAGAAACCGCAGUCGGUAAAUAAUGCACCGACUGAAACUAUGAACAGUGAUAUCGAGAUGUUUUUGCUUCAGAUGCUUGGAGACGGUUUUCAGUUAGAUAUCAGAGUAAUCCGAGACGUUCUCGAUGGUUGUGGCUAUGAUAUCCAAGAGAGCAUGGAGAAAUUGAUGAACAUGUCGACCCCCACUGUGGAUUUGGGACGCGUCACUUCCAGCACGGUUGACCAAACAUCUACAGAUACACAUCAAGACCUAAACAAUAAGUUCAAAGAGAAACUACAACUCAACGAUUCAUCCAGAAGAUCGAAUCUUGAAAGAGAAAUUUUUAGCAACCUGUUUAAUGUUCCUGAAAGAUCUGAAUUGGGACCUGAAAUAAUCGUUCCAAAAAGACAACCAAGGAUGAGAAAAUUCGGUCUAGUGACUGAACCUUUAGAAGAUGGAGUUAUCGAGCUUAAAACUCCUAUUGUUAAGAAGGAAGUUAACGGGGAUGGAAAUGAAGAGGUUGAGGAUAACUAUGAGACCCUAAGGGAAGCUGUGACGGAGCACUGGAUUACAAUGAAACGAUACUAUAGAGCCGCUGCGGAUGCCUACGCGAAAGGCAACUAUGAGCGUUCAUAUAAACUUGUUGAAGAGGGACACUUUUACAUGGCUAAGGCUCGAGAGGCAGAUGAAACAUCUACCAAAAUACUUACUCAAACGAGGGAUGAUGGGGAGGUGAUUUCGAUCAAUUUAAAUGACUAUGAUCCAAGGGAAGCGGUUCGUCUAUUAAAAACGCAAUUGAAAUCUAUGUCUGGCAUACCAUCCAUUCAUUAUCUGAAGGUCAUGGUUGGGGCCAACGGUGACAAAAACAAACCAAACGCUCGUAAGCGUCUGAUAAGCAAACUACUCGAGAGGGAUGCAAUUACUUGGACCGAAGAAGAUGAUGGACGGAUAAUGACUAUUCGGAUUGAUGUUAUCAAUCCGAAACGUUUAAGUUUUAAUAAAGCUAGUUAGGCCGAGUCUGUUGCUUAUUUAUAACUAACAUGCUAACCUAUUUCAAACCUUGUGUUUUUGUUUGCAAACAACUAUGAAUGUUAUUAUGCUGUUAUGAAGACAUUUUGGAACUGAAUAUUUAUUUAAGUGGUCUAAAAUGUUGUUUUGGUCAUUUGGGUGACUUUAGUGUUACUUUUGAGUAUUUGACACAAACCUAAAAACUUGUGUCACAUUUGAUGACAGGAACCUGAAAACCAUGUUACGCCUUUGAAAUCUUGACACGACACGCUUAAUUU